AUGCAAGCCAUAGACGUGGUAAAUAAUAACCUAAGAACACAUGCUCUUUUAAUCCCAAAGGAUGAAUGGAUAAGACUAAAAAAGAUUUUGACCAAAAAGGAUGAUGAUAUAGCUACAAUUGAGAUGAAAAAGCGAUUAAAAGACGAACGGCAAGCUACAUCCAAAGCCAUAUCCGAAUCAUGGGACACCACUGUACUGAACAAAAGAAAGAAAGAACUAGAAAACAGACAAAAGUUAUUAGCAAGUAGUGAAGCCAGACAACUUAAAAGAGACGAAAUUAUGAAACUCGAUAUUUUGGAGCGCAGAAAUGCCAUUGUAGAAAAGGCUCGGUUGAAGAAAUGGUCGGACAGAGAUUCGACAAAAGCGCUCGCCAGAGCAGUGCACAAGAUGGAGGUGCUUAGAGAGAGAUCUAUUCAAAUUAUAUUCAAUGAGGUUCAGAAAGCGAAGGAAUUGGAAGCAGAUCGUUUAUUAAAGAUGGAACAAAAUUUAGAUGCUGAACGAUAUAAGACGGAUCAAUGGGAACAGAAAUUGAAACAAGCUGAAACGAAAAAAGCUAAUGCUGCUUUUUUCCUAAAAGAAUUGAAAGAACGAGAGAAUAUAAAGCGUGACGAUGAUAUUAAAUUAAGAGAAGAAGGUAAAGCUGAAUUACAGAGAAUUGCAAAUGAAAUCGAGGAAGAUAAAGAGAAUAAAAAAGCUAAACAACGAGGAGAAUUAAUAAAUCACUUAAAUGAAAAUAGAAAAAUUGUGGCUGAAAACAUUAAGCUGCGUCAGUUAGAAGAUCAAGAGGAAAAUUUAGUAGUAUCAAUAAUGGCUGAGGCAAAGAAGAAAAUAGCUAAAACAAGAAAACUGAAAGAAAUAGAAGUAUGUCCCAACCACCUAAUAAUAUUUAUUAUUAUAUAG